AUGCAUUUGAGUAAUAAUAUCCUCUUGUUUAUUGUUGUUGUCAUUAUAUAUGAUAGUGAUUACUUUGCAUAUGGUGCUAAGACGAUUAUUCGAAAUUUUGGUAUUGAUAUGAAGUCAAUUUCAUUUGAUAUUUAUGAUCGAAAUGAAAUUGAAUCAACAUGUCAUUUUAAUCAACGUUCAUUAUUAACACUCGCAUUAAUUCUUGGUUCGGAUUAUGAUAGUCAAGGUAUACAAGGUAUUGGUCGUGAGAAUGCACUAAAAUUUCUUCAAUUAGUACCAACAAAUAUUGAUCCUGUUGAUUAUCUACGUACAGUUUUAACACGUAAUAAUCCACAAAACAAAUACGAACAAAAAAUUUUAAAUAUAUUAAAAGAUAAUAAUAAGAAAAAUUUAAAAAAUCUUGACAAAAUUGUUAAAGAAUAUUCAUCAUUAGAAUUAGAUAAUUUACCACUUAUUGUUUCGAUUGCAUCAAUUAAAUGGUUAAAACCAGUACGUGUUAAAGAAUUGCAAUUAUAUAUGAAGAAAAAACUUGGGUGGAUUGAAUCAUAUACAUUUAUUAAAGUUUUUCCAUUAUUAACUCGUUUUCAAAUACUUUAUCGUCUUAAUAUGCUUGAACUUGAUGUUGAUGAUGUUCUUUCUCUAUCUGAUACAACAAUUUUUCAACCUAUUUGUAUAAAAAAACUUCGUCUUCGACAAUCGAAACAAUAUUAUGAAAUUGAAUGGAAACAACAUGAUUUACCAUCAACACAAAGUCUUGAAGAUCAAUUAGCUAAUUUAUCAAUUAUUGUCUUAGAUGAUGAUGAUGAUGAAGAAAAAUUAAUCACAAUUGAACCUGCUAAUCUUUUUUGCCAUGCUUAUCCUGAUAUAGUUAAUAGAUUUGAAACAUCUCUAUCUAAAACAAAAAAAAUCAAAAAAUUAAAUAAUGAUGAUAAAUUAAUACAUAAGACAAAAAAAUCUAAACCAUCAUCAUCAUCAACAACAGUGAAUGCUAUGUCAACAUCAAUGUCACUUGAUUUAUUAAGUAUGUUACAUAAUGAUACUUGUCAAAUGCCAAUAAAAAAACCAAAAUUUAAUCAUCGAUCAACAAUGGCUGCAUUAUCAACUUCAAUUAAUCUUGAUGUUCUUAGUGUAUUACAAAAAUCUACUGGAAAUAUUAAUUUAUUAAAAAAAUCAAAAUCACGACCAAUUAAACAUAAAACAAAAUCAGAUAUGACUAUUCAAAAUCGAAAACCUGUUACACUAUUAAAUACAUCAUUAUCACUUGAUGUAUUAGAUAUUAUUUUACGUGAUAAACAACAAUUGAAUGAUGAUGAUUGUGAAAUAACAGCUAUAUUUGUUAAUAAAUCAAAGAUGGAUGAAAAGAAUGAUUUCGUACAAUUAUCUUCAUCGGAUGAUAAGAUUUUACCUCUUCCACUUUGGGAUCGAAUUCGACAACGAACAGCUGUUUAA